GGUGUUACAUGCAUUCUUCUCUAUGCGUGGGGAAAAUAUAUGUGAUCAAGUCUAUCGGUUUGAGCAACCCCCCUAAUAUGUAUUGAGCGUGUUUGUUUGAUCUAGCCCUUGCCAUCACACCCUCGACUUUUUUCCAUGAGUUCAACCUAACUUCUUAGAGCUUCGCUUCUGAUUCCUACGAUUUGCGGGCAUUUGCUAAGCUUUUCUCCCGUACUGGUGACUACCACUUACUGGCAGGUCUACAACUCUUGCCAUCUUCUUUUGUUCUGCGUAUUUGCCUCUCCUUUUUGUUUCAUCUAACUUAUGUGGUUAUCACAAAAUUUCUUUUCCUUUUGCCUUUUCUUGCAGAUGUGGUUGGUCGUUUGCAUUCGAUAAGUGGGGUUUAACACAAGAUAACGAGCAACGGUCCCACUGUCAAUUAGUCGGUCAUCAUUGAGGAUGAGAGGUCUUCUGUCUCACUUCUCGCUCAUUCAGUCUUUGCUUUUCUAGGAAUUUACUGUCUGUCUUAUCGAUCAUGCUCUUCUCUCAGCUGAGACAAGGUCUCCGUUACACUCUGGGAUGACUUCUCUGGGAUCUUGGACCACGUGGCUUUGACUUAGGCUGAUUGAAUUGAGGCAGUGAUCCUCGCAUUUGGGGGGACUCUUGGUCAACAAGUUGGGCAGUGAGUUCUUCGAUCUUUCAUUCGAGUGUCAUUGGUACUUGUGUAUGAAGCCUUAAUUGUUGUGUUCCUUUUACAGAUGCUUGCUUCCUGUCCAGUUCAGCUGCCACGCAAAUAGCGGUUAACCCAGCGAUUCCUAAAGCUUACCACCUGGCAGCGAGGUCCACCAUUUGACCACUUCCUUCCCCAUUUUAGCACUUUUGGUGUUGGGACCUAAGAUCACGUUCCUUUAUUUUUGCAGGUUUGCUGAGAAACAUGAGGUUGUUAGUCCAUUACCUGUAGAAUUUGCCACUGUUGGGGAUGCUGCCAGCGAUGUAAAAAGGUGCACAAAAACGCUUUCACAGUAGGUGUCUCUUACCCACAUGGGAGCUUCACUGGUAUUCUCCUACGUUCUGCCAUGCCUGCUCAUUUGUUUUGUUUUGCUCUUCUUUUGGUACUUUAUUAGUCUCCUGUGUUUACAAGAAGAGAAGCAUUGUGGCAAUAUGGUUAUUGUUGACAUUGACGCUCACACACCGUGGUUCUACAAUUCAUUGGGCCUGUGCUCGAGAGCUGCCUCAAGGCGCUGUGAUGAAACCUUUUGGUGUUCCAAGGAUUGGCAGCUUCGCGAAGAUCAUACCCGUGUUUGCUGCAAGAUACAGAUGACACUUAGGGACGACACUUCUGAUGCUCCCGCCUCAGUAGAACCCAACUCCAUGGCCAGCAUGUGAAGCUAGAUUGCAAGUUGCCACUCCCUACUACAACGGGUCUCACUUUAGGAGAGUUUCAUGUUACACAAGUUAUCCCACUCAAUGAACCUGCCGUGGCUGGAAACUUGCCGAAAAAUUACCCUCAGCCGCUAGCGCCUGCUCCAAUCCAGAACCCGCUCCUACUCCUUGACAUUCCGUCGAUAGAAUCGCAAGUUACUAUCUCUGUGGAAGUUGAGCCAGACUCAUCAAGGUUUUAUUGGUUAUUGCCACUGGGUUUGCUUGGAUGACUGUUUUUGCAUAUGUUUUUCAUGUACUUUGCCUAUGUAAUAUGUUUUGGUGCAGGCUAUCACGUGCUACAAAAGUCAAGGCGAAGGUAUAUCAGACUUUCCGCCCGUUGAGACCCCAAAAGCUGCAUUGUGCAUUGAUGCUCGACCACAUGAAAUCUCCUUAGCUACUCAUCGUCUUCUUUUAUAUUUUUCAUAGUUUGUGGUUAGUUAUUCUAACUUCCUAUUUACUCUCUGUAGUUUGAAAUACGGAGGUGUGCCCUUCCAAGCACCAAUAUUGCCAGGAAUAGCCAUCCUUGUAGGGAUCACAACUCAUGUCCUCGCACCCCAUCAUACUUCGCCCGUUAUGGCCAGCCCGACCACUCCUAAACAAGCAACCAAGAUAGAGGAGUAUGCAUCUCCUGUAGAUGGUCAUGUGGACUCUUCUGCAGAGGUGUCCAAGAUCCAGAAGCUAGGUGCCGAAUCGUCUCCUAGAAAGGCCCUUACGCCUGCAGUUGAUUCCCCUUAAGCAGCAUUGUAAGAUAGGAUACAUUUUUCCAAUUUUGGUAGAUUGAUGUUUCCCUAUAUCCUCACCAAUUCAACUUUUGUUAUUUUUCCAGGCCGAGCUCUCCUUUGGCAAAAAUCAAAGUCGAGAAAUUGGAUGUAUUUGAUGUUCCAGUUUCAAGGGGCUUUGAUGCCCCGCUGCCAUUUACCAUCAACAGUGGUGCCAGGUCGGCAUCAAGGAACGAAGAGGAACCUGUGGUAAAAAGCAAUUUGUUCAAAGAUUGAGUAUCUCAGUAAUGCUCAUUGCCCGGUUGUUAUCAUUGGUUAGUGUUAUGUAUACCCUGCCCAUCUGAGAUUUCUGCAUUUUCCUGAUCGUUGUCGUGUGGUUCUUUUAUUCCUUUGUGGGUGUCAAGUCUUAUCUGGAAUGCUCCCCUCAGCUAGGAAGGAGUUACUUCUCGAAGGAUAUAGGCAGGAGAGCUUUUGGCCAGCAUGUUCAUGGGAAAGAGGGUGGGUUUUUUAUGGUUACUAGACUGCUGCUCAUACCUGUUUCAUUGGAUCAUGUAGUUGUCUUUUGAGUCUCAAACUUUGACAAUGUUGUGCUUGCAGGCUGUAUAGAAUUAGGAUCGCUCUUUGUUUUUUGUAUGUUGUCCCUUUUCAUGUCCCUAGGCACUUUGUCUAUAAAUCAGGUGGUUUCUAUCAGUUUAUUUGUGAUCCGACUCUUUGUUCUGCGCAUACUUUAGAGCAGUGUAUAUGGGGAAUGUUGUUAACCCAUAAUUAUGUUCCCUCUUGACUCUCCAAUGCCACUCUUCUUUACCCAGAAUUCAAUCCAAAUGGUUGCUCUGUAUGUUAUUUCCAAAAAUAUGUUUCGUUCAUCUAUUCACGAAUUCCCAACUCCAUAAGUUUUGUCGGUUAAUUGUUUGCAAUUAUCUACAAGCCCUUCUUCAAACAAUAUACACGAUUAUGCAACCCUUUCUGACCAGUUAGAAUCGAAACAAGAAACCAUUUUUUUGCUGAUGCUUGAUUUUAGGAUUUUGUCACCAAUGCCUCAUUGCAUCACCAAGUAACCAGGGCAUUUUCCUAUUGUUUGAGCUGCAGAUUUUUCUUAGAAUAUUACUAAUGACCUUCUCUCAUGAUGUAUGUGUGAAUUGAACUAGCAGGUGGCAACUGUAGUCACUAAAUGCACAUUUGAUAA